AGUCCUACACUCUUAGGUCUAUUUUUUUAGAGCUCAAUAAAAGUAUUUUCAUGUCUUUAUUUACAAUCACCAAAUUAUAAAGUAAUAAAAAUUAAAAAAAAAACAUGAUAAAAAUACUAAUUAGUUAAUUACUACUAUUGUUUAUAUGAAAUUGCUGGCUGCUGCCAAUGUGACAGUAGUUUUGUUGUGUGUGUGUGCCCAAACUAAAGAUCCCAUUAAACAACUCAUUAUAACUUCCCACCCUUAUAAAAAUUACUUAUCAACACCUCUUUUUUUCCACCACACACAACACAAAUCUCAAUUAUUUUCUCUUUUUCUCUCUCUUUUUUCCCCAUUUCUCUCUUCUUUUUUGUGAAUGUCGGUGUAGUGUUUGUUGAAUUGCUUCAAUCAAAGAUUAUUAAUAACGGUUCAAAAGGGGUUUUAAAAUGGUGGUUGAAAGGCCUAAAAUUGUGGUAAUUGGUGCAGGAAUGGCGGGUUUAACGGCUGCUAAUAGGUUGUAUUUAGAAGGAGGGGUAAAAGAUUUGUUUGAUUUGUGUGUAGUUGAAGGAGGGGAUAGAAUUGGGGGAAGGAUUAAUACUACAGAGUUUAUGGGUGAUUUAAUUGAAAUGGGUGCUACUUGGAUUCAUGGGAUUUGUGGUAGUCCAAUUUAUGAAAUUGCUCAAAAGAUUAAGUCUUUUGAGAGUGAAAAACCAUGGGAAUGUAUGGAUGAUUUGCAUGAAGAGAAAUUGACUGUUGCUGAGACAAGAGCAGAAGGUGGGUAUGUUGUUAAUCCAAAUAUUGUUGAACCCAUUUCAUCACUUUUUCAUAAUUUGAUGAAUAUUGCUCAAGGAAAGGGUGAAAAUGGUGGUUUUGGUGGGACCCAAGUCAGCAGCAUUGGUUCAUUUCUCAAGCUUGGACUUCAACAGUAUUGGGAUUCAAGGGAAGGUAAUGGGGGAGACAAUAAAGAUGUGAAAAUUUGUGGGAAUUGGAGUAAAAAAAUGUUGGAAGAAGCCAUUUUUGGUGUUUUUGAGAAUAGCCAGAGAACUUAUACAGGAGCUGGUGAUUUGUUUAAUCUUGAUUAUGUUGCAGAAAGUGAGUAUAGAAUGUUUUCUGGGGAUGAAAUCACAAUCCCUAAAGGGUAUAUAACCAUUAUUGAAGCUUUAGCUUCAGUUUUACCUCCUGGUUUGAUCCAAUUAGGUAAAAAAGUGGUGAAAAUUGAAUGGUUAGAUUUAGAAUCUGAUAAUCAUGAUGAUCAAAGUGGUAAAAAACCUGUGAAAUUGCAUUUUUCUGAUGGGUCAAUUAUGCAAGCUGAUCAUGUAAUUGUUACAGUUUCUUUAGGAGUGCUAAAAGCUGGAUUAAAAGAAGAAUCUGAUGGAGGGUUAUUUAGUCCACCACUUCCAUUAUUCAAGAAGGAAGCAAUUCGGAGACUUGGGUAUGGUGUUGUUAACAAACUGUUCUUAGAAUUAAGCCCAGAAGAAGGCCAAAUCCCCUUCAUGAAAAUGGUGUUUCAUAGGCCAGAAUCAGAGUUUAGGCACAAAAAAAUACCAUGGUGGAUGAGAAAAACAGCAUCUUUAUACCCAAUUUACAGCAAUUCAAGUGUUUUACUUGGUUGGUUUGCAGGGAAAGAAGCUCUAGAGCUCGAAUCGCUCGACGAUGAGACUAUAAUUGAAGGUGUUUCAACAACUAUAUCAAGUUUCAUCACAAACCCAAAUCAAUUCCUUGAAUUAUGCAAUGGAAAUACAGAUUGUAAUGAAUCAAAGUUCCAAUUCAGGACAGUUUUAAAGAGCAAAUGGGGUACUGAUCCUUUGUUCUUGGGCUCAUACAGCUAUGUUGCAGUCGGAUCGAGUGGCAACGAUUUUGACUCAUUGGCUCAGCCAUUGCCUACACCCACACCUGAAGAUGGCAGCCAUUGCUGCCCUCCAUUACAAAUUCUGUUUGCUGGUGAAGCAACACACAGAACCCAUUACUCAACAACUCAUGGGGCUUAUUUCAGUGGGUUAAGGGAAGCUAAUAGGCUUGUUCAACACUACCAAUUGAUCCAAAAUGUUACAAACAUUUUAUAGAUUUUGUACAACACAAAAUUGAUGUGUUGGUUUGAACAAUUAGACAAGUUUUAAAUUUUUUUUGUUUUACUGGUUGGUGGGUGUCUCCUUGGUUAUAGGACAGUUUGUACUGUUCAAUGUUACUUAGGACACUCAAUUGGUAAGAGAGAUAAUGGUUAUUAGUAAAUGAAAAAAGAGUGGUUGGGACAGCUUUUAGAUGUAAUUGAUGAACAGAUGAAGCUUCUUUUGAGUAUGAUUAUAGCUUUGAUUUUGUUUGCUGAUUUACUUUAGCUCGUGCUACUUGUCUUUUUAGUCCCCCUAUCCUUAUAAAAGUUUAUUCUAUUUCAAGUGCUCUUUUUUCAAGCACAUUCUCUUUUGCCAUG